CCACUUUCUUUGUCGUCGUCAGUCGCGUCGACACUGCCGCAUCGCCUGUUUCCGUGUUUUCAUUUUGGGGAGAACACACAGGACGAGAGACGACAGACUUGCCGUCAUUGCGUGACCCUCAUCUCGACGACCCCGGUAGCCAUCAUGGUUCGAGACGACCUCGUCGCCUCUGCUGUUUCUUUCCUCCAGGAUCCGUCAGUUGCCGGUGCGCCUCUGGAAAAACGGAUCGCCUUCCUACAGUCGAAGAACCUCACCCAGGAGGAGAUCGAUGUAGCGCUCGCUCGCGCAUCGGAUGAUACAAGUCAUUCUGCCUCUCCCUCACCCCAGGCGUCUGCGCCUUCCAGCUAUGCAUACAGACAACCUCACUCCCCGCCGCAAUAUGGCGCAUAUUCCUCUGCGGGAUACUGGCAGCCGGCGCCGCCUCCAGAGCCGCCGAAGCGUGACUGGCGCGACUACUUUAUUAUGGCUACAGUAAUGGGCGGAGUGGGUUACGGUCUCUAUUUUACCGCAAAGCGCUAUAUCAUGCCUCUGAUCUCUCCCCCAACCCCUCCUCAGCUGGAGCAGGAUAAGGCAUCAAUUGACGAGUCCUUCAAACGCGCAUUCGAUCUUUUGGAACAACUCAACUCAGAUACAGCCGCGCUCAAGGCCUCUGAGGAGGCGAGAACAAAUCGCUUAGAUGCCGCCCUUGGAGAAGUGGAGAGUGUGCUCGGCACAUUGAAGGAGUCAAGCCGGCGACAAGGGGAUGACAACCGAAGGAUCGAAGACGAUGUGCGAGGUUUGAGAGACUUGAUUCCCAAAGCUCUUGACGCACAAAAAGAGGCAACGGACACUCGGUUGAAAGAGCUGUCCGCCGAGCUGAAGAGUCUCAAGACACUGGUUGGUAACAGAAUGGGUUCCGGGACACCUCGCCCCGCCAGCACAACCCCGUCCUACUAUGGGUUGGGCCAAAGCCAGCCAACCCAAUCCCACACCACCACCACGCCUUCUGCCAACGGCAUCGCCGCAGCGCACAGUCCUGCUCCUCAGCAAGUCCCUGGGGAAGCGUCGAUCGAGCGGCCAACCGUUCCAGCCGCGAGCGAAAGCCAGAUCAGCGGCAGCACUGCCUUCCCAUCAACUCCAGCCGAUGCUCCAGAAAAGCCACAAACGCCCACCCCAUACAGCCGGCUAGCGAACGGUCGUGCAGCGAUCCCUGCUUGGCAGAUGGCUGCAGCGAAGAAGAAUGACGAGAGUAGGAAGGACACGAGUGAGAGUGGAGCAGCUGCUGAUGCCAGCGCGCCCUCAUCCUAAAGGUCGAGGGGAGCUAUGUUUAUCACAAUUGUUGACAUGAUAGCGACUCAAUUCUGUACUGUAACCUUUUCGGUAUGGGCUAUGUCUCUGCGCUUGAACCGGAUAGGCAUGUGUUGUAUCUAACACUCAGGCGGACACCGGAAUGUUAACCACGCGGUUGACGGGACAAAGUGUUCUACUGCGGUGGUCCGACCAAAUUUUCAUCCAUUUGUCCACCAAGUGGGUAAAAUGGAUCUUGCACUU